AACCGUUGAAUUUCGACCAAAUAGUCAUUCUAAAAGGAGGAGAAGCUUCAAAUCACCAACGAUUUGAGGUGCGUCGGCCUGGUGGAAUCAUCGGCAACCGCCAUUAAUAGACAACAAAGAAAGAACCCAUAAGUAACAACAAUUCGAUUUUCCCCGCGGGAUUUCCGGUACUCCUACAUUCCUUCCCCUCAUCUAGAUUCUUAUAACAUGAAUUCCCUUCUCUCAGAGAGAGAGAGACAGAGAGAGAAGGGAAACAUAGCCUUUCUCUCUCUAUCUCUUUGUCUCCGUCUUCUCCCCCAAUCCUCCAUGCCCGUUCCUCGAAGCUCUUCCUAUGAUGCAUUUUCCGCCGGCUCAGACGAUGACAUUCACGAUGCCGCUUUCGCCAGGCGGCGAUGCUGUUUCUGUUUCCCUAAUUUUCUGAAAAAAGAGCCAACUCUUGGCGGCGGCGGCGGAGGUGGUGGCGGGGGAUCGUCCGGAGCAUUCUGGAGACAAAUCAAACCUUUGGAUUCGUCUUCACCGGCAACGCCGUGGUGGUCAAAGAGCUGGAAGAAGGUUCGUGGGUUAUCGGAGGGGCCGAGGUGGAAGAAUUUGGUGCGGCGGUUUAAUGGACGGAAGCGGCAAGGGUACGGGAAAUUCAAUUAUGACGCUACAAGCUACGCCCUUAAUUUCGACGAAGGACCCCUGGCCAAUGGCGUUGAUUACGACGAGGAUCUCCUCGGCCGUGGAUUCUCCGACAGGUUCUCGCUCCCGCCGUCGGCUAAGUCCUCCAUGGAUUUCGACAACGACGCGAAUCCGUUCAAUUUCAGCUGACGGGUUUCGGCCGAGAUCAUGUGGGCUUGGGAGCGUGAAGGCGGUUUGGGCUGGGUUUGGGAGGGGCUUUGAGAGGAAAAGGUUUGGGCUAAAGUGGUAGUAAGCACCUAAGACUUAGUCUGGGUUAUUCUUUCAACAUGGUUGUUUCAGUCUUUGUGGUUAACAAAGAUAUUUCAUUUUAUACAAUCCCAAGAGUUUCAUCAAAUUGCAUUUCAUUUCAUUGUGAUUUUAAUUUUUGAAUUUUUUGUUUGCUUUCAUGGAGUUAGAGAGGGAAAGGUAGUUUAGGAAAAACACUAUUUGAAAAAUGCAUGUUUUGGGUUUCUUAUUUUUUUCAUAGGAAAUUGAAGUUAGGAACUUGUUUCUAAUCUACAAAUGUAGUGCUUUGGUUUUGGGUUGUCCAGACGUGCUUAUAUUUAACUUAAGUUCAAACUAAACUCGAGUGAAAAUGAUUGGUAUAGAAAAUGGAAUUAUUUUCUUAGAAUUGCUAUUAAAUGUCGUAUUAAAUGUCGUAAGUGCAAGACUAAUCAAUUAUUUUAUUGAGUUAGUUUGUCAUUUUAUUUGAGAGCGAGUUUAUACGCCAAACAUAGAAAAAGGGUAUUGCAACCCUCUUCAACUUGAUCGAAAAUCACUUUAUAAGUGUCGUCAUAAGACGACUAAUAUAUGAAACUCUCCAAUGAUAGUUAGUGACUUCGUUCUGCUAGUCUAUCCUUUUAUUUAGGAGCAAAUUUGAUGCUAGAAGAAGCAAAGAAGAAGGGAAUCACAACCUUCCAAGCUCAAAGAAAAUGAAAGGAGACUAAUCUUCGUUUUCUCCAACAAAUGAGUGAGAAUAUGAAGAUGAUAACUUUUGACCAUGCUCUAAAUUCAAUUGUUAAAAGCUUAAUUAAUGAAGAGUGUCCCCCAAACAAUUUGUAGACGAAAAAAAAAACCGAUGAAGGAAAGAAGGCAGUAAUCCUAGCAAAAUGAUAAACAAGAAGAGUAUAGGCAAUCAUAAGUUUGAGUUCGAGCAGAUUGAUAUUCAGUUUGUUAGCUAAACACAUAGAGAAAACUAACAAAUAAGGUUUUUAAAUACCCUAAACUCAAUCAAGGUUAACCUAAAAGACAAAAUUAUGUUGCUCCGAUUUUACUUAAUUCCCAACCCAUUUGUGUCUCUUGAUCUCUAGCUAAUUGAUCUCUAGCUAAGGGAUGCAUAUAUUCUCAUUCUUGACCUAUUAGGUUAUGGUUAACCUGAAUAUAGGUAUGUCUUCAUA